CCGGCGGCUCCCGCCCCGCCCGGGAGGCGACGCCUGCGCAGUGCGCCGCGGGGCGGUCGUCCCGGCGCCGCCGACCAGGCCACCGACGCCAUGGCGGAGGAGGUGCGCACCCUGCUGAAGGCCACGGUCCUGAUGCGGCAGCCGGGGCGGGUGCUGGAGAUCGUGGGCGCCCUCCGCCGAGGCGGGGCAGACCGCUUGCAGGUCAUUUCUGAUUUUGACAUGACCUUGAGCAGGUUUGCAUAUAACGGAAAGCGGUGUCCUUCUUCUUACAAUAUUCUGGAUAACAGCAGGAUCAUCAGUGAGGAGUGCCAGAAGGAGCUCAAAGCCCUCCUUCAUCACUAUUACCCGAUUGAGAUUGACCCACAACGGACCAUCCAAGAGAAGUUGCCUCAUAUGGUAGAAUGGUGGACCAAAGCACAUGAUCUCCUGUGUCAGCAGAAGAUUCAGAAAUUUCAGAUAGCCCAGGUGGUUAGAGAGUCCAAUGCAAUGCUUAGAGAGGGAUACAAGACGUUCUUCAGCGUGCUGUACCAGAACAGCAUUCCCCUUUUCAUCUUCUCUGCGGGCAUUGGUGACAUCCUGGAAGAAAUCAUCCGACAGAUGACAGUGUUCCACCCCAAUAUCCACAUUGUGUCUAACUACAUGGAUUUUGAUGAAGAUGGUUUCCUACAGGGAUUCAAGGGACAGCUCAUACACACAUACAACAAGAACAGCUCCGUUUGUGAGAACUCUGAAUAUUUCCAGCAGCUUCAGGGCAAAACCAACAUCCUCCUGCUGGGAGACUCCAUGGGGGACCUCACUAUGGCUGAUGGGGUUCCUGGUGUGGAGAAUAUUCUCAAGAUUGGCUUCCUAAAUGACAAGGUGGAGGAGCGGCGAGAGCGCUACCUGGACUCCUUCGACAUUGUGCUGGAGAAGGACGAGACGCUGGAUGUGGUCAAUGGGCUGCUGCAGCACAUCCUGGAACAGGGGGACUGGAUGGAGAUGCAGGGCUCCUGAGUGUGCAGGCACGGAGCCAGGUCCUGCAGGCUGUGAUGAGAAGGGGAGCCUCAAUGGGAGGUCACCCAGCUGUCAACACUGCACAUCCCUGUGUGUGCAGAGAAAAGUCCAGGGCAGCCACAAGCUCCUGGGCCCCUGUCCCUCCCUCCUUUCCCAGCUUCUUCUGUUAAGUCCAGAGGCAUGAGGGAGACCCUGCAGGUGGGAGGGGCUUCCAAAUGAACAAAGGGUGUUAACACGAGGAAUCACCUAGUCCAGGGAUUCUUUUUUUUUUUCCAAAAAUUUUGAACAUGGGGAGCUGUUCUUCCAACAAAUCAGAUGUGUGAAAUAGAUUAAAAUAAUUUUAAAAAAGAAAAAA